AUGCUUUGGAAUCCAACAGCUAAAGAGAACGAAACUGAGCAACAAGAAGACAAGAAUGACAUUUCUGUUGGGGAAUCCUCCGCGUCCUUCCGGAAUGAUCAAAAUGAGCUUGUCCUCGCCGAAUCUCGACAGGGAAGAACCCUUCUGCCUGGGCCUGCUGCCGCCAUCGUGAGCGGUAUUACCGGCAUCACUUCGUUCUAUGUUCGUGCUGGGACAAAAGUUGGAGAAUGGGGAUUGUAUGCCGGCAGAGAAGCGACCUUGAAAACUCUGUCCGUUACCAGGAGUGCCUUGGAAGCAGUUCUCAUCGCCGCCGGAAGAGAUGUAUCCGCUCGAAGUCAUGGGGAACUUGGCAGGGCGGAGGCGGAGACCCUAUUGGAAAGAAGCAUAUCUGCAUUAUACUCGACCAUCUCAACUCUCUCGUUUGUGGCAUCUACCGGAUUCUACUUGACCGAGGCUUCCAUGAACUCAAUAUCCGGCCUUUCCAUACAAGGACUUUCCACUCUCAAUGCGAUCCUGGGAUCGACAGAGUCGUCCCGCGCCGUCGCGGCAAUCAUCACCUUGAUCAAGGAUGAGCUCAACAAACCCGAGGCCGGGAGUAAAGGGGAGGUUGUCUCGUAUCUGGAUCUCAUCAUAGGCACUAUUGGAUUUGUUAUGUUACAGAGAUGGGGCAGGCGGAAAACAGAACUUGACUUUCGAGACGCUGGUGGUGAAGAAACCAUUUGGGACGAAGUCAUCGACGAUCACGGAUUCAAAGCCAAUGUGGUGGGUACAAGAAGGAAAGGGAUGAUCAGCAUCCAUGCUCACGCUAGGGGACCGACGAUGACGUUUGCCUCCCCCGAGGGCGAAGAUGAAUUCGAAGCUGUCGAACGAGGGACGUUGUUCGACGUCCAAUCAGUCGCCUUGUCGCCUGAAGACCCAACCAAAUUGACCGACGAGGAAAUUCGAGAACGGAUCAUGAGCCAAUUACCCACUGGAGCUCGAGCGGUCAUCACAUCGGAGACCGUCACAGCAAAGACCAUCAAAGUGGACAUCUAUGAUGCCCAGACGACCAAUAUUGAACCCCCGCCAGGGACUGUCAUGGUCGCCGAAAGGCUGAAUCAUGGAGAUUCGACAAAUGGAACACCAGGUGGACCUCAACAAACCGUCAUCUUCCGGACCGCUUUGAAGAGAUCGAGCAGUAGAGAUAUUCCAUCGGCAGCCGACCAGCUACGAUUGACCAGUAACGGUGAGGCCGCAGUCGAGCAACAUGAUCCUGAUGAGCUUUUCAUGACGAAUACCACUCCGAAACGGAUCUCGAUCGUCGACGAACCUGUCCAAAUCGAGGAUUCGGCCUUUCCUCCUUCUGACCACGAAGAGGAGAUUGUUGAAUCAUCUUCACCUCCAGACCCGCCCCCGAAAACAACAAAUCCAGUUGCUAACCAGAAAAAGAGUCGACGACCAGUGCUUCCUCACGGCAGAUCGCCACCCAAUACGCACAUCGCGAGUCGUAUACCUCUUGUCAAGCACAAGAAAGAUAAAUCCCCACCGGGGAGCAAGAAUGACAAACCUGGGGUUAUCAAGAAAGCAUUGAAAACUCUGAGUCCCAGUCAGUCCUCAGCGGCAAUAAAGGAUAUCCACAAGACGCUGCCUCAGCGAAAGCCGCCCACAUCCAUUCCACCUCCGGAGUCUAGAAUCCGAGACGGUUCUGUACCACGGGGAGAUGUCACACCAAGGAAGAAUUUCGCUUCUUUAAGCCACGGUCAUACCCCUCUGACAAGUCCAAGUCUACAUCGAGCCACUCAUCAAGAAUCUUCGUCUAGCUAUUUCGCACUACGCGACAGAAGGAGGGAUUCAACCGUGUCGCAGACGACCGAGACGUAUUCGGUACAUUCCGUCGAGAGUCGACCGGGAUCACCCACCUUUACCAGGACUCACACUCGAGUGGUCAGCGGUUCCACCCAGGCCAAAUCGGAAUUGGGGCUGGCAUUGAAUGAAACGGAAUCCAGACUGGACUUAGCCAGUGGCACCGCUCACCAUCGACGAUCUCGAUCUUUCGUGCCUAGUCUGUAUUCGAUGGCAACUAGGGAUUCAAAGGAGGCCAUCAUCUUGGCCCCCAAAACACCACUACCUCGAAAGUCAAUCUACGAAGAUCACAAUAUGUUGAAUGCUCUCAUCACCAAUGGCAAAGUUCCGGGAAUCUUUCCUGAUCGCCACUUGGCCAGGACGAUUCGAAGAUUUGCCAGGUUCGCAUCGGCUUCAUAUGGGUCCAACUUCCUUCGCGUAAUGGGCCUCACGUCGGCUGAGGAUCAGCUUAGCAAAGCGACAGAGCUUAUGACCUUGAACGUACAUCAUGAGCACAGUUCGUUCUCAAGCCAUACAGGUCUCCCUCCCGAUACGAUCCUAUUGUCGUCCUUCUAUGAUCCAAAAGGCGUCACAGGUAAUACAGACUGGUCACCCUCAGCGAUCUCGCCAUUAAUCCAUUUCAUCUCGAUUGAUGACGACUCGAAAGCGGUCGUCUUGACUUGUCGUGGCACACUCGGCUUUGAGGAUGUGCUGACGGACAUGACCUGCGAUUACGAUGACUUGCUCUGGCAAGGUCAACGGUAUAAAGUGCACAAGGGUAUCCACGCUUCAGCCAGGCGAUUACUGGGCGGCAGUGGAAGCCGCAUAAUGGCCACCAUCCGAGCCACUCUUGAACAAUACCCCGACUAUGGCCUCGUUCUUUGUGGACAUUCUCUCGGCGGUGCCGUCGCCGCCAUUCUCGCCAUCUUGAUCUCCGAGCCUUCCUACGAUGAUUCCAAAACUUCAUUCGUCACGGGCGAUAAACCGAAGCUUCUCACUCACCAAUCCACCAACGGAUCCUUCGCUUCCGAUGUUCCACCAAUAAGCCUACCUGCAGGUCGUUCAAUUCACGUCUACGCAUACGGCACACCAGCAUGCAUGUCUGAACUCCUUCGCGUCGCCACUCGCGGACUCAUUACCACGAUCGUCAAUCACGCCGAUAUCGUCCCGUGCCUCUCUCUUGGGAUCCUCCACGACUUCCGCACCGUGGCAUUACAUCUCAAGACCGACACGACUGAUGCCCUAGGCGCCUUGAGAACGCGUGUCUGGAACCGUCUCGUCAACGCGGUCAAGCGCUCAUUCUACAACAACCCCAAAGGCCCACCUCCGCCCGAGAACAUGGCCGGUGACGGCCUCGGCGAGGAUGCCUGGGCCUGGUCCGCCCUCAAAACCUUGCGGGCUGCAAUGGUCAACGACAAACUCGUCCCGCCAGGCGAAGUGUUUGUGGUUGAAACCACUCGUGUCUUCGACCGCUUGGAUCCCGAUGUCACACGCGAAGCAAUCUUUGGCCCGGACGACAGCAAAGAUAAUAGAACAGAAAAGCUCUAUCGCGCGCUCGGUCGCCCCGCGACAAGGGUGCAGUUUAAACUGGUCCGUAACGUCGAGACGAGAUUUGGCGAGUUGAGAUUCGGUCGAGAUAUGUUUGGUGAUCAUUCACCGGGAAGAUAUGAAGCUGCUUUGGCCGCGUUGGAGAAGGGGAUUUGUGAGGAUUGA